CUAUACAAAGAUGUGCUCCCGACAGAGCUCUGGAGGCUGCCAUGAGACAUCGUCCCAGUCCGGCGGGUGCCACAGUGGGGGCUCGUGCUGCCACGGGGGCAGCUCCUCCAGCUACCAGGCACAGGGCUCCUCUUGCUGUGGAGGCAGCAGUGGGGGCUCUGCCCAGGUCAUUGUGAGCUCCGGCAGUGGAGGAGGGGGAUCCUGCUGUGGUGGAGGCUCCUCUGGUUAUGGCAUGGGAGGAGGGUACAGCAGCGGUGGCUCUUCAGGAUCAAAGAGCAUUAUUGGAGGUGGAGGCAGUGGAGGGUCCUCUGGGUGCUGCGGUGGAGGAUCCAGCAGUGGUGGGUCAUCAGGAGGCAAGAUCAUAAUUGUCGGAGGUGGAAGCAGCAGCGGUGGAUCCUCUGGGUGUUGUGGUGGAGGCUCCUCAGGCUCUGGCAUGGGAGGAGGAUACAGUGGUGGCUCUUCAGGAUCAAAGAGCAUUAUUGGAGGUGGAGGCAGUGGAGGGUCCUCCGGAUGCUGUGGUGGAGGCUCCUCUAGCUAUGGCAUGGGAGGAGGGUACAGCAGCGGUGGCUCUUCGGGAUCAAAGAGCAUUAUUGGAGGUGGAGGCAGUGGAGGGUCCUCUGGGUGUUGCGGUGGUGGAUCCAGCAGCGGAGGGUCUUCGGGUGGCAAAAUCAUAGUUGUAGGAGGUGGAAGCAGCAGUGGUGGAUCCUCUGGGUGCUGUGGUGGGGGCUCCUCAGGCUACGGCAUGGGAGGAGGAUACAGCAGCGGUGGAUCAAAGAGCAUUAUCGGAGGUGGAGGCAGUGGUGGUUCCUCUGGGUGCUGCGGUGGAGGGUCCAGCAGUGGUGGCUCCUCAGGAGGCAAGAUCAUAAUUGUCGGAGGUGGAAGCAGCAGCGGUGGAUCCUCUGGGUGCUGCGGUGGGGGCUCCUCAGGCUACGGCAUGGGAGGAGGAUACAGCAGCAGCAGUGGAGGAUCUGGCCAGAAGAUCGUUGUGAGCUCCGGAGGUGGAGGAGGUGGCUCCUCUGGAUGCUGCUGCAGUGGGGGCUCCAGUGGGGGCAGUGGCGGUUCCUCAGGCCACACAAUCAUCAUCGGCUCCGGCGGCGGCAGUGGCGGUUCCUCCCAGGCCAUGCAGCAAAAGUGCCCCAUUGUCAUUCCCAGCACCCAGGGCCAUCAGAGCAAGCAGGCCUGUCCCUGGCCCCCCAGCCACAAGUAACAGCCCCGGCAGCUCAGUGCUCAGCACCAACAGCCAUGCCUCUGUCUUACAAGCUUGCUCAUUUCCUUCCAGCGUGUCCUCAUCUCUUCUCUUCCCCUCAUGUACCAUCACUAUGCUGUGAACUCCCAGAAGACUUUUGUCACCCUUCAUUGUAACGUAAAAUAAUAAAAAAAAAUACUGCAUUUAA